GCACUUCGAAAUUUCAGAGCCCCAGACGCGGCACCGCGGCAGAGCGGCAUCUUCUUCUUCCUCCUCGCGACUCCCACCCUCCGGCCUCGGUCGCCGCCAUGGCCGAGACCCCCGACGAAUCCGCGGCCGCAAUCGAGGCGCGAGGAUGGAGCUCGCACCCGUUCUCGUUCCCUUCCCAGCCGCCGGAUAUCAAGAACUGGUUCUCGAGCUAUGAGUACGAGUCGCCGGAGGUGCCGGAGCUGGUUGGUGGCAAUGGCGGCAAUAGCGGCAGCGAGACCCAAGACCCGCUGGAGAAUAUCCAGGUCGGGGUGCCUGUGGAUUCGUUGUUGGAACCGACCACCCAUGAUGGUGAUGGUGAUGGUGAUGGUGAUUCUGCUUUGAGGGGAAACCAAUGUGGACAGCAACACGAGCAUGAGGUUUCUGCUAUUAGAGAGUUCAUUCCCAUUAGUAAGAGCAAAGUGGAGCGUGGCACGAAGAGGAAGCAAAGCUUGCGGAGCUUGUUCGGAGAUGGCUUUCUUGACAACAUCGGUGAGACUUCUGAAACUGAAACUCAGGCGGUGUUGUCUGUUCAGAGAAAUGAAGCCGAGCCUCUGCCAGAUCGCAAUGCCAUGGGCUUGCCUGAUGAUGAUGAUACUCAAGGAGGUCAGGAAGGCGCGAUCGAAUGCAGUGAGCUGCCGGUGGAUUGUAAUGGCAUCGAUGUAGGUGAUACUCAAGAAGGUUCCCAGGUUGAUCAGGAGAAAGAGCAGAGCAAACUGCUAAUUGGUGAUGGUAUGAGUUCAUGUCAUGCUGACAAAAUCACCCCGAAAGAUGGUAAUGAGCAGAGCAAACUGUCAGUUGAUUGUACUAGAACAUGCAAGGAUCGCACCAAAAGGCGGUUUGACGGAAAUGGCAUUAAGAGCAGCCUACCAUCCAUCGGUUGUAAUGAUAUCAUCAUACCUAACACUGAAGAAAAUUCUCCAGGAGAAGAAACUUGCCAUGGCAACCCUGCAAUGGAUGACAAAGAGCAGGAAGAAACAGUUGCAGCUGAUGGUUUUGUUGCCAUCAAGAGAAAGGAGAAACUAGAACAAACAUUCAACACAAACAAAAUUCCUAAGCCCCCAACGAGAAGAGCGAAGUCCACGACGUUGCAAGAGAACCGUGACAUUGUGGAACAGAAAGUCGUAGUCCAAGAACGCACUAGCAGAAGCCCCUUAGCAGACAUGACUAAUGUUUCAGAAGUAGCAGCUGCUCCAACAACGACAGAGAUCCGCGGUAAAUGGAAGUGCCCUCGCAAAGGGAAGCACUAUGUUGGUCCUCCGUUGAAACAGCUGCGUUUGGGGCAAUGGUUGCGCCGACUGGAUUGAAGCAUAUGCAUUGUUCAGGUUGAAGCAAUUUUUCCUUUUGUAUUGGCAACUGGUGAUUUGGUGCCAUGUUUUCAGGUUUGGUGUUUUUACCCAGCCUGUUGUACGAGUGCAUGCCACUAUAUAUGUCAGGCAGAAAACACUAUAUGCCUGCUUCUAUGGUCAUCUAUCUAUCUAUUAUCUAUUUAUCUA